CGCUACAAGUCAUAACCACUAGAUUCAUGGUCAUGUAGGUGUCAGAAAACAACGCCAUCGAAGCAAAAAAUUGAAAUUCAUCGGAGAACUCGCAAUGUUCAUCCCAAACGAUUUAAACAAUUCAACGUGCUAACAAAUGUGACAAUAACAGACAAUAUGUCGUCUAACCUAGCCACGGUAACGUCUAUCAUCACAUGUAGCAGUGCCUCAGUUUCAAUUCUUUGUGGGCUGGCCAUUCUGUGGUCAUACCGACAGGUUCCUCACAUACAGAACUACACCCGAUACCUCCUGGUCUGUCUCACGAUAGCCGACAUCUUUACUGUAUACGGCAAUUUGAUCAGUACAUUUAGAUGGUUUGUCAUUGGAAACAGUAAAGAAACGAACGAUGCCUACUGUGUUGCCCAAAGUUUUAUAACAACGACUUCAACGCUAAGUUCAUUCUUCUGGACGACAUCCAUAGCCAUAUAUCUUUUUAGUGCGGUCGCACUCCGAGUGAACAUUGCUGAGAAACGUACCGCUAAAAUCGCCAUGACUGUUAUUCCAAUUGUAAUUCCAGUGGCAAUUACAUGCGUGGCUUUGGGCAACGAUGUCUUAGGCGAAGACAAAUACUCCGGGAGUGGACCUUGGUGCUGGAUCAAAGGUGACGUCAGCAAUAACCUCAUGUGGAAGCUAGUGACGGGCAAGGCUUGGGAGAUGAUGACGUACAUGAUUACACUUGUGAUAUCCAUCCUGCUAAAAUUCUUCAAAUGGAGAAAGAAUUGUCAACGUCACGGAAGGUUUAGAUGGAGCGAUUCAGAUACAAAUAUCCGAGAUGCAGACGACACUUUUGAGAUAUCGUGGUUGUUUCUACUCAUCGCACGGAUUUGGGGGACUCUCAGAUUUAUCUUGCAGUCCUUCGAUGUUCACUUAGAAGAAUCUGUAAAUAACGGGUUGCUCUAUAUGCAGUGUUUUGGCGACAGCUCCCAGGCUUUCUGGAACUUCAUGCUCUUCUUCACUCUUGAUGCAGAAUUACGGGAACAUGUCUGUCAGCAGAUAUGUUGUCUAUCAAGGCCUAGAAGAACUAGUACAGUGAUAGAUUUCCAUGGCGAUGCACAACAGACAGGCUUUUAAUUGGAGUAUAUUUAUAGCUUUGUAAUUGUUUGAAUAGCCGGUGUGAUUAGUACAUUGAUUAACUGACUAUGAUGAGUUGUUAUGUUCUUAAAUGUUUUUGUUUUUAUGUUUGUUUUUGUUCUUGCAAAUGAUUUUUAUAUUUCUAGUGUCAGUUUGAUAUCUUUUAAGAAAUGUGUCCUGUAUCUGAUCUUAUUCGUAACGAAAGGUGAUAACAGAUGGAAUCCUGAGGGGAACAAACGUUGGUACAUCAUGAAUGAAAGGUAGUAUAUAUGUAAAGAAAUGAUAAGAUACUAACAACCGACUAAACAUCUAUCAGUUCCUCUUCGGGUUUAUUUCAAAUGAUUGUUCCUUUCGUCAU